GUGGAAGUGCUCCGAGAUAUGGCAGCUUCGGGUCGAACAGUUGUCUGCACAAUACAUCAGCCGUCAUCAGAAGUGUUCAGUAUAUUUAGCCAUCUCUUGCUUAUGGCAGAGGGAAGAGUCGCUUAUUUAGGCAAAUCGGAGAAAGCGGUUGAAUAUUUCUCAACAUUGGGUCUCUUCUGUCCAAACAAUUACAAUCCGUCGGACUUUUACAUCAAACAAUUGGCUGUCAUUCCGGGCAAUGAAACGCAAACAAAGGAGAAAAUAGAGAGUAUAUGCGAUCGCUAUGUGGACAGUGUGUACGCGAAGGAAGCGCUUCCCCAACAGAAUUGCGAACAAUUUAUUUAUUCAUCAAAAGAAGAGUUAGAGAUUAGGAACAGUAGACACGUCUAUAAAUCCAAUUGGUUUACACAGUUCUGGGCACUGCUCUGGAGGUCACACUUAACGGUUAUGCGGGAACCAAAAGUGACCAGAACUCAGAUCUCGCAGACAGUCUUUGUGGCCAUUCUUCUGGGCUUUAUAUACUGGCAGUUAGAUUUAGAUCAGACGGGAGUCAUCAACAUUAACGGCGCUCUCUUCCUAUUGAUUACAAAUUUGAGUUUUCAAAACGCUUACGCAGUCGUCAAAACUUUUUGCAUAGAAUUACCGAUAUUUCAAAGAGAGCACAACAACGGCAUGUAUAGAGUGAGCGCCUACUUCUUGGCCAAAAUGCUGGCAGAGGCGCCGAUAUAUCUGUUGCUUCCAUUCCUAUUCGUCUCCAUAUUCUACUAUAUGGUUGGUCUGAACAGCGGUGUAAUCCAGUUCUUCACGUGUGCACUCAUCAGCACUUUUUGCAUAGAAUUACCGAUAUUUCAAAGAGAGCACAACAACGGCAUGUAUAGAGUGAGCGCCUACUUCUUGGCCAAAAUGCUGGCAGAGGCGCCGAUAUAUCUGUUGCUUCCAUUCCUAUUCGUCUCCAUAUUCUACUAUAUGGUUGGUCUGAACAGCGGUGUAAUCCAGUUCUUCACGUGUGCACUCAUCAGCGUAUUGGUAGCCAACACUGCCUGCAGUUUCGGUUACUUCAUCUCAUGCCUGACCAGUGAUGUGACCAUUGCGUUGGCGCUGACACCGCCAGUGAUGGUCGCCUUUCUUAUAUUCGGCGGCUAUUUCUUAAACAACAGUUCAGUUCCCGUGUACUUCAUAUGGUUUAAGUACAUGUCGUGGUUCUAUUACGGUAACGAAGCUCUGGUCAUCAAUCAAUGGCGAAACAUUCAUCACAUCCACUGUCCGUCUGAUAACAGCACUCUAGAGAUGGCUAACUAUACGACAGCGACGACGACGACAAGCCAUUGCAUAAGAACCGGUCGGGAAGUGAUCGAAACGCUUCACUUCUCGGAAACCCGCUUUACCGCCGAUAUUACCGCACUUUUGCUCCUCAUUCUAGUCUUCAGGUCUAUGGCAUUCAUCGCACUCUUCAUGCGCUCCACAAGACGUUAGGAUAAAUACAUACAUAAUAUAUAAUUUAAUCAUCGAUAGUAUCCAUCGAUACUUGUGUUCAUUUCAAUUGUAGCACAUUUUUAUAUAACUGUAU